GGGACCGUCGGAUCGACGUCUGCUAGUUUCCAUCAUCUUGAUGUCGCCAUUUUUCUCAGUUUUUUCCUGGACUUUUUGAGCUGUCGAACUUUGGGAUCGAACUACAAAUUAAAGCAUAAUGGGAGCGUGUUUGGCUCUGGGUUCCAUCGGCAGCUGUGCAUCCUGUUUGUGCGGCUCAGCCUCCUGCUUGUUGUCAUCAUGUUGUCCCUCCACGUACAACUCCACCAUCAGCAGGUUGGCUUUCUCCUUCCUGCUUCUGCUUGGAACGCUGGUGUCCAUCAUUAUGAUUCUUCCAGGCAUGGAGGAAAAUCUAAAGAAGAUUCCAGGUUUCUGUGUGGGUGGCUCGCACAUAUCUGGCCACGUGAACUGUGACAUCAUUGUGGGCUACAAGUCUGUGUACCGUAUGUGCUUCGCCAUGGCGUGCUUCUUCUUCCUCUUCUCCAUCAUCAUGAUUCGAGUGCGCAGCAGCAAGGACCCCCGAGCUUCCAUCCAAAAUGGAUUUUGGUUCUUUAAGUUCCUGGCAUUGGUCGGCCUCACUGUGGGAGCUUUCUUCAUCCCUGAUGGCACCUUUACCACUGUGUGGUAUUACUUCGGCGUAGUCGGCUCCUUCAUCUUUAUCAUCAUUCAGCUCAUCCUGCUGGUUGACUUUGCACAUUCCUGGAACCAGUCCUGGCUGGAGAAAGCUGAGAACGGAAACCCAAAAUGCUGGUUUGCAGCUCUCCUGUCAUUCACCUUCAUCCACUAUGCCCUGGCUUUCACCGCUGUCGUCCUCUUCUAUGUGUUUUACACCCAACCUGACGACUGCACGGAGCACAAGGUCUUCAUCAGCCUCAACCUCCUCUUCUGCAUCGUUGUGUCUGUCGUUUCCGUUCUGCCUAAAGUCCAGGAGGCUCAGCCCACGUCAGGCCUGCUCCAGGCUUCCCUCAUCUCCCUUUACACCAUGUAUCUGACCUGGUCAGCCAUGACCAACAAUCCCAACAAGAAGUGCAACCCCAGCCUGUUGAGUUUAGUCCAGCCCAGCAGCCCCACUCCGCCGCCUCUAAACCCCACUUCAGCUCCAGGCAACGUGCAGUGGUGGGACGCGCAAAGCAUUGUGGGACUCCUCAUCUUCCUGUUCUGCACGCUUUAUGCCAGCAUCCGCUCCUCCAACAACAGCCAAGUGAACAAGCUGAUGCAGACGGAGGAAGGCCAGGGUCUGACUGCAGACACCGAGAUUUCAGUGGGGGAGGACGGGGUCCGCCGCGCCGUGGACAACGAAGAAGAAGGCGUAACCUACAGCUACUCGUUUUUCCACUUCAGCCUCUUCCUGGCCUCUCUCUACAUCAUGAUGACCCUCACUAACUGGUACAAACCUGACACCGUCUAUGAGACCAUGCAGACCGCCAUGCCGGCUGUCUGGGUGAAGAUCUGCUCCAGUUGGCUCGGUCUGGCGCUCUACCUUUGGACCCUGGUGGCUCCUCUGGUGCUUCCUGAUCGAGACUUUAACUAAACAUACUUCAGCAUAUCAGCGUGGUGCACCUUGGGUUAAAUCUGCUUCAUCCUAUAAGGCUCUAUUUUUAUAAAGGGGUUUAUUCCCGUACUUUUAUAUUUUAAUGGAUGCAGGUUAUUUCAUGUCUGUAGUGAUGGGAUGAUUGUUUUCUAAGAGCAGUUUGAGCUUUAAGCACAUUCCAUCUGUUGUUUUUGCUUCACUGUUAGAAAGAGUUACUGAAAGAGAAUUACACGCCGAUCAAAUAUUAAAAGGUGUUUUUUUCUUUGAUGUUUU